AUCAUCAGUAUUUCGUUCACGGCUGCAGGCGCGACUUUCUUCUUUUUUUGUCAUCUGUCAAAAUCAAUCUUGAGCAUUUGCAUAUAAUUCUGGGGUUAAUAAAUUUUUGUAAAUUAUAAGACAAGGGUCCCCAAAAUGUUUUUGACCACGAAGGCAAGGCUUAAAAUUGUCGAUAAUGAGAAACUACACAUUUCUCGUCGGCCUGGUACAGCCGCCUGGCUGUUUCUCGGACUGUCUGUUCUUGUCUUUGUCGAACUUUGUCGUCGUCUCUCCGAAAAUGUCUUUGUAUCAACAGUGUUGAUUUUUGGAGACAUAAUGUUUGUAUUGGACACAUUGGGAGAUUGGGAGGAUUUCGUCUUGGAUAAAGUCGCAAAUAAAGCGACAUUCAGGCGGUCUAGUUGGAGCGAUAAAUUGUGCUUGGGUUCCGCUGGUGAAAAAUCAGUAGUUACAAUGGAAUUGAGCAAAAUUCGACACGUUGGUGUUUCCAUGACUUUGGGGCUGUUCGUUCUUUUAAAGAACGGUAAAACCACUUCUUUGUCAACGCGCGGGCUGCAUCGGGAGGAAAUUCAAACAAUGCGUCGAGAAGUUCACAAUUUUUUGAAUCUAACCAGAAUUGAAUGUCUCGAUAAACUGCCGCCGGAUCAUCACAAUCGCUUGCUCAUACCGUCAGACUCGGACGAUGAAAUCUUCGAUACUGCUGGAAAAACGAAAAAUUAACAGGAUGUACAAAGAUAUGUUGGAGUGACUACAGUUGUGUGCAUUUGAAAAAGAUAUUCAAUCAAGUGCAAGACGAUUUUUAGCAUUAAUGUUUAGUGCAUAUGUAACGACCGAAAU